GAAUAGUGUCAUACCCGAAGCAUUCAUCCUGCCAAACGGCUACCCCGACUACCUGCGCCUCAUCCUCACGUCGCGUGUCUACGAGGUCGUCAACGAAACCCCACUCACGACUGCGACAAAUCUCAGCAACCGCCUCGAGUGCAAUGUCAUGCUCAAGCGCGAGGACCUGCAGCCCGUCUUCAGUUUCAAGCUGCGCGGCGCAUACAACAAGAUGGCACAUCUGGAGCCCAAAGACCGCUGGAGAGGAGUGGUUGCAUGCAGCGCAGGCAACCAUGCACAGGGUGUUGCGUACUCGGCGCGCAAGCUGAAGAUUCCCGCAACCAUUGUCAUGCCCUCGGGUACGCCAGAUAUCAAACAUAAAAACGUGUCCAGACUCGGAGGUUCGGUCAUACUUCACGGCGCCGACUUUGAUGCUGCAAAAGCAGAAGCAUCACGGCUGGAGAAGCUACAUGGACUCAUAUCUAUCCCGCCUUUCGACGACCCCUAUGUCAUUGCUGGCCAGGGCACAGUGGGCAUGGAGCUGCUGCGCCAGACUAACCUGCAGGAUCUCAAGGCCGUCUUCUGCUGCGUGGGUGGAGGCGGUCUGAUUGCAGGAACCGGCAUCUACAUCAAGCGGAUAGCGCCACAUGUCAAGAUCAUAGGAGUGGAGCAGUACGACGCUAACGCUAUGGUCGAGUCACUCAGAGCCGGAAAGCGUGUUUUUCUGAAAGAUGUCGGGCUCUUCGCUGACGGAGCAGCCGUCAAGACAGUAGGAGAAGAAACAUUCCGGAUAUGUCAAGAGGUGGUGGACGAGGUCGUCCAGGUCACAACCGACGAGACAUGCGCCGCCAUCAAAGACAUGUUCGAAGACACGCGAUCCAUUGUCGAGCCCGCUGGCGCACUUGCUCUGGCUGGCCUCAAAAAAUGGGUAGGCCGCAACCCGUCGCCGGACCGCAACCGAGGUCUCGUUGCCAUUGCCAGCGGAGCCAACAUGAACUUUGACCGCCUCCGUUUUGUCGCCGAGCGCGCCGCGAUUGGUGAAAACAAAGAAGCCAUUCUCUCCAUCACCAUAGCCGAGCAACCAGGCGCCUUUUCCAAGCUCGUCUCCGUCAUCCACCCCAUGGCCGUAACGGAAUUCAGCUACCGCUACUCGGGCCCCGAGUCAGCCCAGAUCCUCGUUGGCGUAGAACUAAAAACCGCGACGCGCUCACGCGACCUCCCGGACCUCAUUGACCGCCUCGCCGCAGAAGGCAUGACAGCCCACGACCUCUCGCAAGACGAGCUCGUCAAAUCACACAUCCGCUACCUCGGCGGCGGCCGCAGCGACGCCGCACACGAACACAUGUUCAUGUUUGAAUUCCCAGAGCGCGGCGGCGCCCUCUACAAGUUCCUCAAUACCCUCCAGCCCGGCAUGAACAUUAGCCUCUUCCACUACCGCAACUACGGCGGCGACGUCGCAAAGAUCCUCGCCGGCAUCCAGUGCGACGAUGCCGAUAGCGAGAAACUAACCGCUUUCCUCAAAGAUAUCGGGUACCCGUAUAAAGAAGUGACGAAUAAUCCCAGUUAUAAAAUGUUUUUGCGCCGUUGAAUACGUCUACUGCUACUUGCCUUACUUGGGACUGCGUCUGCAUUUUGUUUGUUUUUUUGUACUUAGACUGCGGGCUUCGGGCGUUGGUAGUUCAUCGUGAAUUUCAAA